CGUUACCGCCCGAGUUGUCCGGAAAACAUUGGCUCGUUUUGUUGUGCUUCCCCUCUUCCAGAGAGAUACAAACUCGUCGAGGCACGCGUUCCAACACGCGGCUGUGUGACAUGCAGCUCGUGCUCACCUUUUAGCCACCUGUCCGAACAGCAGAAGGUCACGAUGAAGUCCGUCAGCGAGAUGUCGGCGUUCGCGAACAUCCACGAACAGCUGGCGUCCAUCAUGGAGAUCCUGACGAGGUCCGCGGUGACCGAGAUCAGCAAACUUGUGAACGACAGUUCGGCGGUGCUGCAGCUGGAGAUGUGCCGGCGGCAGAACGAGAACGAGGCUCUGCGGAGGAAGCUCGAGUGGAUGGAGACGGAGCUGGAGACGCAGCGGCGGAGCUCCGUGUGCAGCCGCAGCGUGGGAGUUCAGGCUGGCCGGGGGCUCGGUGGCCCUCAGCGGGACAAAGUACUGUCAGAGAGAUGCUCUCCCCUCGCAGAGAGCACCUGCGAUAGUGAAUGGAGUGGGCGACUGUGGGGCAACGGAGGCCCAGCGGCGGUGGAGAAGGACGUGUCUCCUGUGCACUCCAGCACCGCCGCCAGGGAUGAGUGUGCAGACCUGGAGGGAGGGCAACCUGAGGUGCUGUUUGUCAAACAGGAGAAGCAAGAUGAUAAUUUUGAGGACACAGACUCUCAGGGAGUGCUGAUCAUCACUACAGAAGUUGCUGCAUCUGGCGCUGAUCCUGGAGAGAUUCCUCCUUUUGAGCACCCGCACUGUGAGAUGGAAAGGGUAAGCCCAGAUGACCACGGGACACAUCUGAUCCCUACGCCAGGGUCAGGAAAGCCGAAGAGACUAGAAGAUGGACAAGACCAGAUAGGCCAGAGGCUCAGCCAAGCUGAAUUUCAGCACCACGCAGGAGGAGCGUUGGGUCUCAGCUCUACGUGUUCCAUGAGAAGAGACCCGUGGACUGUGCAAGACGACAGCGACACGGAAACGGAUGACCCCGAUUUCCCUUACGGUACAGAGCAGGGCCUUUCAGAUGAUCUGACUGCAGCGGAGGGAUCCCAUGUAACUAUGUUGCCUUCAAGAGCUGUCGAUGUGAAACCACACUUUGGGAUGCUCAGUAUAGUGCCAAAGGAAGAAGAGGCCGUGGUCCAUUCUGACUGCACUGGAGAUGCUGCUGCACCAGGAGCAGCUCAGUCCCAGCUGGGUGGGUUCCGAGGCAGGCACCACCAGGUGAUGAGAGAGGAUCUGGUGCACAAUUCCAAGCACCUGCAGUAUCAGCCAGUAGACUCCACCCCUGCAAGUAAAGACAAAGGAGAGUGCACUCUGGCCGGCAACCAUUUAAAGCCGUCAAAGAAGUUAAAGACUCUUAGGAAAGUCUCCAAAGGAGAGAAACGGUUCAGUUGCAUGCAGUGUGGGAAGAGCUUUACUACCCGCUUUUACCUCAAAAUACACCUACGAAUACACACUGGAGAGAGGCCGUUUUCUUGCGCAGAAUGUGGAAAGACGUUCUACUGUACUUCUCAUUUAAUAUCGCACCAGAGGUCACACACAGGAGAGAAACCUUAUAGUUGCGAUGAAUGUGGGAAUUCCUACUCCCAUCUGAAUUCUUUGAAGCUACACUACAAAGUACAUAGACAAGAAAGACUCAUGGACUCCACGUAGUACUACGUGUUUGUGUGGUGACUAGAUGUUCUAGGUUAGUAACAUCUCCUGCCCCUCACUUAAUUUAUAUGGGUGAGAAAUUCUGCUUUGCUUCUCAAUAUUCUUUUGAUUCAAAAGGAACUUGGAGCACCCUGAUUGUUCCUUGAUUCCACCUCCGUUACAGUUGCCAGCGUGGACAGCACUCAGGUCAAAUGAGUUAUAGUGCCUUGCAAAAGUAUUCUGAACGUUUGUAUGGUCUCCCCAGUCACCAAGGGACAACGCACUUCAUUGCAGUAGUUUCUGGCACCUAAAUUUAGGUGGUCUGUGGCAAAGAGUUUGAGUACUUGGGCGCUCAUGGCAUUUUCAUUUUUCCCAUUUGUUAAUUAGGCAUUGACUGCUAUUUUUUGUGUGAAGUACUAUAUGUAGUGGAUAGUUUUAUAUCUUCAAUGCUUCUGCAAAGUGUCAAGACCAAAACCUUCAAAGCAGCGAUAUGUGAAAACCACACACACUGAGUACUUUUGUGAGCCACUGUACAUGUAUGUGAAUUUUAGCAGCAGUUUACAUUUGUAUGACACACAACUUAAUUCUGUUUUAAAUCUGUUUCAUGAACACCAUUGUGACCAAGUGGGAAAAGUCAACAUGUUGUCAAGCAUGCUGGCAGUGUCAUCAUUUUUAUCAGUUUUUUUGAUUUUCGCAAGUUCAAGCAUACCUAGGGGUGCCUCACUGUUGCAAACUUUUCCCGAUGAGAAUAUUGUUCAGACGGUUGUGUUUUUGUUUUUUAUUAGAAAUGUAAAGUGAAGAAUUCAAAAAAGAUUCCACUGUUAACUAUAAAAUGCCAAAUUCAAUGUAAGGAUGUUUAAGGACAUGUAAAAGUUGCUAUGAUGCUGAAAUGCAGUUACUGUGGAGGGGCUAUAAUGUACAGUAAUGGGAGAAUAUUGGUGUUGCAGAUUUUAAACAUUUGCAAUCAUUCCUCCAAUGAUGCUGAGAAGCCAUCAUAUGCUGAAAUAUUAUAUAUGCCUUGAUGCAUCAAAUGAGAUCCUUCAUUGCAAAAGGCAGCAAUGUCUGACUGUCCUGGAUAGGUAUGGCUAUUUUGUACUCCUGUUUUAUACUGUAACACUUUUGCUAUGGUUUUAAAACAGAAAAUAACUGCACUGGUUGAUGCUUGAUGAGUUGUCCAUCUUAGAUCAAAUUUAGAUUCUAGGUAUGCCUAAUACUGCUAACAGUAAAACCAAAAAUGAGUUAUUCUGAAAACACUUUAUUUUACUAUUAAUA